AUGGACAUCAAACUUAAAAGACUCGCUGUCACCAAGGGUUACAUCGACCGCUUCUGGGAGAACCUCCUCAAGGUUGGCAAGGAUAAGGCCACCCAGGCGUAUCUCAAGGCCCGAUUGGCGCUUCUGGAGGACUACUGGCGGCGCUACGAAGAAGGGCAUUACGAUCUUGUAGGAUCGAAAGACGCUGAAGUUGAAGCCUACUUUAAUAGUGAUGCCUACUCUACGACGGAGGACAACUACGUACUAUUCAAAUCACGGGUUAACGCUCUGAUCAAGGAUGACUCGCCAGCGUCAGGGCGCGACGCCUCUGUGGUGUCCUUCGCCAAGCAAAUCCAAUUGCCAAAGUUAGACCUGCCUUCCUUUUCCGGUGACCCGCUAGCAUGGGAAAGUUAUCGAGACCUGUUCUUGUCUCUGGUCGGCGACGUCCCGGACCUGGCCCCGGUGCAGAAGCUGCAGUAUUUAAAAACGACUCUUUCAGGCGAGGCCGCUGAGGCUGUCGCAAAUAUGGAGAUGACCUCCGCUGGAUUCGACCUGGCGUGGUCCGAGCUGAAGUCGCGAUACGAUAAUCGGCGAGUCUUGCUCGCCUCUCACAUGCGCGCUUUCCUCGGCAGUCCGGCGGUCACAAGGCCGUCCCCGGCGGAGCUCAAGCGAUUAAGCAGUUCGGUGAUGCGGGUCAGAAGAUCGUUCGAGUCCCUAGGACGCCCGGUAGCUCACUGGGACGAUUGGUUCGUUCACGUCAUCGUUGAGAAAAUGGACCCAUCAUCGCGCCUCUUCUGGGAGGCCUCACUGAAGACCACUACGGACUUCCCCACUCUCACGCAACUGCGGGAAUUUCUGCAGACGCGUAUCCGAUCUCUGGAGGCGGCCAAUGUCAAGGCCAGCCCGCAACCGGCUGCUUCAGGUAAACCAGAGAAGAAAAAGGUGAGCGCACUUGCGACUUCCACUACGGGCAAAUCAGCAAAUCGCUGCAGCCUUUGUCAAGGCAACCACCUCUUUAAUUACUGUCCGCGCUUCAAGGCGCUCUCGGUGCCGCAGCGACGGGACCACGCUAAGAAGCAGGGGGCGUGCUCUAACUGCCUUAAGCUGAAGCACGCAGUGAGCGACUGUCCGUCUGACCUCCGGUGCUUGCGCUGUGGCGACAAGCACCACACAUUGUUGCAUAUUCCAGAUGCCUCCUCCGCUGGCAACGCUGACUCUGCGGCCAAGGAAAAGGAUGCUGGAUCCGGUGCGGUGGCGUCUUCUAGUUCGGCGGUGACAGCCAGCGUAGCGGUUCUUACCAGCCAAUCCGGGGGUCAGGUUUUACUCUCGACGGCGCAGCUGAUCUGCUCAGACACGGAAGGAAGAGAGAUCACAAUUCGAGCCCUGCUGGACUCGGGAUCGGAAGCCUCUUUCGUCACCGAUCGGGUUGCGCAGCAGCUCUGUUUGCCGAGAAGGCGCGUACGCAUUCCAGUGUCCGGCAUACAGGGGCAAACCUCCAGCGUGGCCACCCAAUCGGUGGCGCUCACCAUCGGGUCGCGGGAUCGUAGCGCGCGACUGCAUCUGCCAUCAGCAUUGGUGCUGCCUCGUCUCACCUCGCUCCUCCCGGCGCGCAGAGUGCAGCGGCACCCUUGGCCACACCUAGCUGGGUUGACGCUCGCCGAUCCGGACUAUGACCAGCCCGCCCCGGUGGAUGCUAUUCUCGGUGCCGAUGUGUACAGCGCCCUUCUUCGAGAGGGACUACGUUUGGGACCCAGCGGCGCCCCUUCGGCCCAGGCUACAGCCCUGGGCUGGGUUCUUAUGGGUCAAGCCUCUACUUCAUCAGAAGUGCGCGAUCGAUCGGGCGUCUCUUCGUUCCACCUGUCCGCCUCUUGGGCUGAGGUGGAUCAUGCUCUGCAGCGGUUCUGGCAGCUUGAGGAGCUACCGAGGGAACCUGCUGCCUCGCCUGAAAAUCUCCAUUGCGAGAGUCAUUUUGCUGCCACGCAUGCCCGCAACUCGCGGGGCAGGUAUUUAGUGCGGCUGCCUAGACGCAACGAUCCAGACGUUUGCCUGGGCUACAACCGCGGGGAAGCUCUCGGUAUGCUCACCAGCCUGGAGCGACGGCUGACACGUAACCCGACGCUGCGGGAGCAGUACGUGAGUUUUAUGGCGGAAUACCAAUUGCUCGGUCACAUGGCAGUGAUUCCGGCUCCGGAGAUUCACCGACCCGGCGUCUACUAUUUACCGCACCACGCUGUCUUCAAGGGAUCGGACAUGUCCAGCAAGAUACGCGUGGUCUUCAACGCGUCGUCCCGUACCAUCUCCGGUUACUCGCUUAACGACUUGCUCCUUUCAGGGCCGAAGCUGCAAUCCGAGCUCUGGGCGAUUCUGUCGCGUUGGCCCCUUUUUAGAUUCGUUUUUACGACGGACAUUGUAAAGAUGUUCCGUCAGAUCUUGGUACAUCCAGAGGACACGGACUUGCAGCGCAUCCUGUGGCGAGCUGACCCCUCUCGGGAGGUGCAGGAUUUCCGUCUCUUGACGGUCGUCUACGGCACCGCUUCGGCGCCGUAUCUCGCGCUGCGGACUCUUUUGCAGCUAGCCGAGGAUGAGGGAUCCAUAUUUCCCCUCGGGACCCCCUAA